GGAGAGUGUGCAAACCUCGCACCCUAACUAGUAAAGAUUGAAAAUAGUGCACGUUUUAUUCGUAGGGACUAUUUCGGACACGAGUACGUGUUAUGUUGAAUCCGUACUUUGGAAAUAAUCGUAUCCGUCCGUCUGUGAUUGGAUGGUUUCGAGAAAUCCCGCCCAUCUGGAUUGUGAUUGGGCAGUAAUUCUCACGAUGUGAACCUGAUUGGUUGGUUUCGGGGCGGGCCGGCCAAUCCGCGCGCGGGAGAGCAGAUUUUUACGUCGUUGUGAUUUCUGUGCAGCACGUGGCUUCUCUGACUGUACGACCUGCUUUGAAACACCGAAACACCUAAAGAGGCUCGCGGACGAAGACAGAGACAGAGAGAGAUCAUCAUGUCGCAGGUGUUGCCUUACGAGGAAAACAUAAGUCGUUUCGGUAACGAUGGAGACGAGGAGCAAAUGUCUCUCACCUGCCGCGUGCACAACACCAACAACUUCUACAGCUCCACGCAGAAUAAACGGCCUCCGAAACUCGGGCAGAUUGGACGGAGCAAACGAGUUGUCAUAGAAGAUGACAGAAUUGAUGAGGUGCUCCAGAACACAACGGAAAAGUCACAGUCGAAUGUGUAAAAAAAAAAAAAAAAAUUACAAAAAAAUUCAAUCGAAGGACGUUUUUAAAUGUUAGACGUCUCACCUCUGUGUGAAACGGCACUUUGCGGCGCUCUCCAGUAUGGGUUGAAUUUUUUUUGCACAGCACAGGAGGAGAGCAGCACCGGCGCAGGCUCUUACACAAAGAACACUAAUGUCUGACCUACUGAUUCUUCCUGAGGGCAUGUUUUGAUCACUUAUAUUUUUUUUCCUUCCCUUUUUAUGGUUUUAACGGUCUAAUAUUUCUAAUUUCUUGUUUAACCUUAGUGGUAAAGGUGCCGUCGUAUUGUGAGAAUGCAUUAAUAUUAAUAAGCACAAAUCACAGACUAAUGUGAAAUCUUAUUUUUUUUUUCUCUCUUUCUCGGUCUUUAACAGCGCACUUUUUUUUGGUUGGUUUUUUUCCCGUUCAUUUUGUGCACAAUGGAACUGUGAAUUUCUUCAGUGAUGUGUUUUUUUUCACUUUACACAUAGAUUUUUGCAGCACUAAAAGACAGUUUGUUUUUUAUA